AUUUUAAUAAAAGAUGAGAAGCAUACAUUCGUUCACUGCUCUCUUCAUUACAGCAUUAACUCUGUUGACAUUUGUUUUCGUAGAAGCGAAAUCUGUAAGCGGAAACCGUAUCUUGGUCUUGUUAGACUCAUUGGCUGAAAAAGAUGUAUACUCUCGUUUUUGGCAACAACUAGAAGAUCGUCAAUAUGAGCUUACCUUUAAGUCUGCUGAUGAUACAUCUACUGCACUCAUCUAUUUUAAUGAACCCCUUUAUAAUCAUAUUAUUCAUUUUGCACCUAAAGCAUCAAAACUUUCACAGCAUUCAGCUUUAAAUAACGUUCAACUUGUCAAUUUUGUUAAUAAUGGUGGUAAUAUGCUUAUAGCUGCAGGUGCUGAAGCUAGUGAUAAUUUGCGCGCUCUUGCUUCUGAAUUUGAUAUUGAAUUAGGAUAUGAAACCGUUUUUGAUCAUGAUAAUUAUUAUGAAGAACAUGAUAAGAUUAUUACUUCAAACUUUGUUGCACCUUCUUCAAUUAUUGACACAAAACAAAUUGAAGCACCUAUUCUUUAUUCAGGUACUGGUUUAACCAUCGGUCAACUUCCUCUCUCAAGCGCUAUCUUAACUGCAGAAUCAAAUGCAUUCUUAGCUGAUAGCUAUCAUAAAAAAGCUAGCUCUGUAGAGCCCAUUGCUUUAGUAGGAGCUUUGCAAGCUCGUAAUUCUGCUCGUGUUACCUUUGUUGGCUCACUAGAUAUCUUUUCUAAUGAAUACUUGUCUGCUCAAAUUGAUUCAAAAUCAUCUAAAUCAGGUAAUGAGGAAUUUAUAAAACAAUUAUCUCAGUGGACCUUUCAAGAAAAGGGUGUAUUAAAGAUUGUUGGACAUCACCAUCAUAAAGAAGGUGAAACUGAACAACGUGACUGGUAUCGUGUUAAAGAUGAUAUUGUGUAUAACGUCGAUAUUGUCGAAUAUAAAAAUAAUCAAUGGGUACCUUAUAAAGCAGAUGAUAUUCAAUUAGAAGUAAUCAUGUUGGAUCCUUAUAUCCGUACUACAUUGAAACAAGUUCCCUCAGAUAGUAGUAAUGUGGGUAGAUUUGAAGCUAAUAUUCGCCUUCCUGACGUUUAUGGUGUCUUUACCUUGAAAGUAAACUAUAAGCGUACUGGUGUUAGUUAUAUUUUAGCAGAAGAUCAAGUAUCUAUUAGACCUUUUAGACAUAAUGAAUAUCCUCGUUUCUUAACAGCUGCAUAUCCAUAUUAUGCAUCUACUGGUUCAAUGAUCCUUGGUUUCCUUGUAUUUAGUGCUGUAUGGUUAGCCACCUGGGGUGGUAACAAUUUACAAAAGACGAGUGAUGACAAUAAGAAAGUCAAGUCAAAUUAAACCAUAAAACAAGUAAAUUAAUAAAAUCUAUUUCGCUAGACAAGGCGUAUCAUAGGACUAAGGAGGAUAAUAUCUUAGUACAGUACAUAUAUGUCAAACUUGGUUAUGAUAGAUCUAUUUUAACUUGUAUUUUAUUAUUAUCGUUGCUGUUUAAUUUAUGCUUCAAAAAAACACACGCACUAAACAGCCUGUAUGUAU